GGGCAUGUCUCACGACUGUUUUUGGAAGGAAAGGAUGGUAAGUUUGAUUUAGUUCUCAAGUCUCAACAACUCAGAAACUAGUUUAAAUGAAAAGAAUGUUUUCCUUGUUACUAGGAUUCACACUUUCUGUCCCAAGAACCCAAAAGAAUACCAAAACCAUUUAACUAUGCAUUUCUCACAAUUCAUGCUGGCCUAGCCUGACACCAACCUCUCUCCAAUAACAAAUCUAGCUCCCAUUUAAGCCUGUGAUGACCCUCACCCAUUUUCUUCAUCAAGUGUUUUCAACAUUCCAACACUUGAAUCAUCUUCCCAGCUCAUUAGCCAUGUCGAAAACAAGCAGCAGUGGUGCUCCUCCCAAGCAGUACGUUUCGCAAAGCAAACGCGCCCCAACGCCUGGAAAGGCGUCUGUCCUUGCACUGGGGAAGGCACUUCCUAGCCAAAUCCUUCCUCAGGAUUGCUUGGUCGAAGGCUACUUUCGGGACACAAAGUUUGAAGAUUCGGCAAUUAAGGAGAAACUAGAACGACUGUGCAAAACAACUACUGUGAAGACAAGGUACACAGUCAUGUCCAAGGAGAUACUGGACAAGUACCCGGAACUAGCAACAGAAGGCUCGCCAACCAUCAAACAGAGGCUCGAAAUCGCAAACCCGGCCGUUGUACAAAUGGCACUGGAAGCAAGCCUUGCUUGCAUCAAGGAGUGGGGAAGACCAAAAGCUGCCAUCACCCACGUUGUCUAUGUUUCCUCCAGCGAAAUCCGAUUACCGGGUGGUGACCUCUACCUUGCGAGUCAACUCGGGCUGAGGAACGACGUGGGUCGCGUGAUGCUCUACUUCUUGGGCUGCUACGGUGGUGUCACUGGCCUCAGGGUUGCCAAAGACAUCGCCGAAAACAACCCUGGGAGCCGUGUCCUGUUAACGACUUCCGAAACCACCAUUCUUGGGUUCCGUCCCCCAAACAAGGACCGCCCUUACGACCUAGUGGGGGCCGCCCUCUUUGGGGACGGAGCUGCCGCGGCCAUCAUUGGGGCGGACCCAAUGGUGGGGUCCGAGUCCCCUUUCAUGGAACUGAACUACGCGGUCCAGCAGUUCUUGCCAGGGACACACAACGUGAUCAACGGUGGACUUACGGAAGAGGGCAUAAACUUCCAACUGGGGAGGGAUCUUCCGGUAAAGAUCGAGGAAAACAUCGAGGCGUUCUGCAAGAAGCUCAUGGCCAAGGUCGGGUUGACCGACUUCAACGAGCUGUUCUGGGCGGUUCACCCGGGCGGACCGGCUAUACUAAACCGAUUGGAGGGGACCCUCAAGUUGGGUAGUGAGAAACUUGAGUGUAGUAGGAGGGCAUUGAUGGACUUUGGAAAUGUUAGCAGCAAUACAAUUUUCUAUGUGAUGGAGAACAUGAGGGAGGAGCUGAAGAGAGAGGGAGGGGAAGAGUGGGGACUUGCUUUGGCAUUUGGACCUGGGAUCACAUUUGAAGGCAUCCUCGUUCGUAGCCUUUGAUGAACUGAGUUUGGUGCAGUCUUUUCCAUGAAAUUUCACUAGUACUGCUUGGGAACAACCUGCAUUUGAAGUUGAUACUAGUAAUGCUGAGUGAGACCGGGGAAUGAUAUG